AACUGUGAGGUGGACCAGACGAAUAAAUACCCCGAAGCCACUGGGAGAUUCAGAGGCUUCCAGUUCAGAAGUGACCGGAGAGUUUGCUUUGUGUGUUGCCAUAACGAGGAGGAACCAUGGUCAGCCGAUUUGAACACCCAGCUGGUGGCUACAGGAAGAUUUUUGAGACGUGUGAGGAGCUGUCUGAGACUCUUCCAGCAACCGUCACAGGUAGGAUCCCUUCAUUUCUGAAGGGAAGUCUUCUCCGUUUGGGACCUGGGCUCUUCGAGGUUGGAGAUGAACCUUUCUAUCACCUCUUUGAUGGCCAGGCCCUGAUGCACAAGUUCGACUUCAAGAAUGGCCAGGUCACCUACUUCCGAAAGUUUGUCAGAACAGAUGCCUAUGUGCGAGCCAUCACAGAGAAGCGUGUGGUGAUCACUGAGUUUGGUACAUUUGCAUACCCUGAUCCCUGCAAAAACAUCUUCUCCAGGUUUUUCUCUUACUUCAAAGGUGUCGAGGUCACAGACAACUGCUUGGUGAAUGUCUACCCUGUCGGUGAGGAUUUCUACGCUGUAACAGAAACCAACUACAUCACUAAAGUAAACCCUGAUACACUGGAGACGCUGAAGAAGGUGGAUAUGUGCAACUACAUCAAUAUUAAUGGGGUGACAGCCCACCCUCAUAUUGAGAGAGAUGGGACUGUGUACAACAUCGGAAACUGCAUGGGAAAAGGGGCAACACUGGCCUACAACAUUGUCCGGAUCCCACCCACACAGAAAGAUAAAUCUGAUCCCAUUGAGAAGUCCAAGGUGGUGGUGCAGUUCCCCAGCCAUGAGAGGUUCAAGCCCUCCUACGUGCACAGCUUCGGCAUGUCAGAGAACUACUUUGUCUUCGUGGAGACUCCUGUGAAAAUCAACCUGCUGAAGUUCCUGAGUGCCUGGAGUAUCCGAGGCUCCAACUACAUGGACUGCUUCGAGUCCAAUGAGAGCCAAGGGACCUUGUUCCACAUUGCUAGGAAAGACCCAGGAGAGUACAUCGAUCACAAGUUCAAAGGAGCACCCAUUGGCAUGUUUCACCACAUCAACACCUAUGAGGACCAAGGAUUUGUUGUUGUCGACCUGUGUGCAUGGAAAGGUUUUGAGUUUGUUUACAACUACCUGUGGCUGGCCAACCUGAGAGCCAACUGGGACGAGGUGAAAAAGGCGGCCAUGAUGGCGCCUCAACCGGAGGUGCGCAGAUACGUCAUUCCCCUGGACAUCCACAAGGAGGAGCAGGGGAAGAAUCUUGUGAGUCUUCCAUACACCACAGCUACAGCCACGAUGCACGCUGACGGGAUGAUCUGGCUGGAGCCUGAGAUACUGUUCUCCGGACCACGCCAAGCCUUUGAAUUUCCUCAGAUUAACUACGAGAGGUAUGGAGGGAAGAACUACACCUACGCCUACGGCCUUGGUCUUAACCAUUUCAUUCCAGACAGGAUCUGCAAGUUAAACGUGAAGACCAAGGAGACUUGGGUAUGGCAGGAGCCAGACUCCUACCCCUCAGAGCCCCUGUUUGUUCAGACUCCUGAGGCGGUGGAUGAGGAUGACGGAGUACUGCUUACCAUCGUAGCGGCUCCUGGUUCCCAGAGGCCUGCAUAUCUCCUCAUCCUCAACGCCAAGGACCUGUCUGAAGUCGCCAGAGCAGAGGUGGAGUGCUCCAUUCCUGUCACCUUUCAUGGGAUGUACAAACCGUAAUCAUGCAUCUCUUUGGGUAUCAACAAUAAUCAACCAUUUCUUGGUUAUCAAUUGCCACUCAGUAUUAAAACGAUAAUAAGGAAAGACAAGAAAUAUUAUCGGGUUAGAAGAAUAAAGUUGUUUUUGUUGACAAAAAAAUCAGUAUAUGUCCUCAUUUGUGGCUAGCGUAGAGUGUUGGGUCCCUCCUGAGCCGCGAUACUACAAGAGAGUGGAUUUGAGGUUUCACACGCAUAGUUCAUGGUUGCAAAGGUAAAUGUGUCAAAAUGAAUGCACUUUUCUGUUUUGUAUUGAUCUAUUAAAUGGUAUGUUCAUGUGCUA